AGGGACAAGCUGUCACUCUAGUUUUAUUUUAUUUAUGGGCUUUAAUUAGAAUUAGAGUAAAAUAAAUGUUCAUUUUGUUUCUGAAGGUGAAAUCAGAAAGAGAAACCGUGAAGCCCUGACAUGGCCCCGACUCUGUACGAUGAGAAACCAGAACCCGGGGACCUGAUUGAGAUCUUCCGUGGCUCCUAUCAGCACUGGGCUAUAUAUGUAGGUGACGGCUUCGUUGUUCACUUGGCACCACCCUCCGAGGUUGCGAGUGCAGGGUCCAGCAGUCUGAUGUCGGUCCUGAGUGAAAAGGCCAUUGUUAAGAGGGAUGAGCUGUGGGACGUGGUGGGGACCGACCGGUGGGAGAUCAACAACAUCCUGGACAAAGAGUACAAACCUCGCCCGGUUCACGACAUUGUGCGAGAGGCCUGCUCGGCGAUUGGCCAGGAGCUGCCGUACUGCGUCUUCAGAGGCAACUGUGAGCACUUUGUCACUGAGCUGCGCUACGGCAAGGCCAAGUCCCGGCAGGUGCAAAAAGCAGGAGAGGUAGUGAUGAUGGCAGGCGUGGCUACAAUUCUGGGUUUGGGUGUCGUGGCUCUGGCAGGAGCUUUGUUUGGAAGCAGCAAAAAGGAAAACAAGAACAACCAGUGACUGAAAGCCACGGCGUUCCAUUCUGGGGUUUGAUGAGUCACAGACAACACUGCCUGAAUACCAUCCUACAUCUGUGAUUUCAAAAAGCCACGGGCUUGAUUUUCACUUUGUCUGCUUUGCACCACCUCUAAAUGCUUUCUUUAAACUUCUGAAAAAAAUGAAGAAAGGCUGGUUGGACAAUUCUUAAAACAAAACAAAGACAAAAAUUUAGGGUUAUAAUGUUUCAUGAGUUGUUUUUUUUUUUGGAAAAUAAAAACUUGAAAUAUUUAAUGUAAAUCUAAGAGAAAACACCUGUUUUAACAAAAUGUAUAUUUAUUCAUUUGGUAGAAGAAUCAAAAAUAAAAUUUUAAUAUAGUUCAAGACAGAAUAAGCUCCGUUGGUAAAUUCUUGUAUUUAUGAUAAUAGCACACGCAUGUCAAAUGUCAUUUUGUCUUCCGAUAUUUAAUAUUUGAAUAAAGAAAUAUGUCUGAUGGUA